UGCGCGUUUUAGGCGACACGUUAACCUAACUUGCCCACCAACAUGGGAAGCGUGGCGUCAGUCGCCGCGUGUGACACGCGUGCAAAGGGUCAAUAGGCUAGUCAUGGAAAUUCAUAUUUUAAAUGUUUGAUGUAUUAUGUCUUUGAUUCAUUUGUUUAUAACUUAAUCGGAAUGGUUUCCAAUCGUCGUUUUAUCAGAAGCCAAUUGUUAAGAAAUGUUUUCUUCUCAUCAGCUCUAAGAGCUAAUUCUGAUGAAGCGUUGGGUCUCUGUUCGAAUUCCAUGUUGUGGUCAUUUAAUGUUUUCAAAAGCUGAUGAGUCAUUGAAAAUGUGUGGAAAAUAACAUAACAAGUCUCUACUUCACAUUUUCGGUAGGUCUAGACUUGUGUUUUGUUCCGCUUUGUCCACAUGUCCCUUUAAAAUGUUCACACUUGAAGCUUCAAUUGCCUUUCGAGGGAGAAUGUUCCAGUAGUUGACCACUCUCUGGCUAAACCAGAACUUCCUGAGGUUGAGGUUGGAUCUUGAUUUGUACAGUUUAAGUUGGUGACCCCUGUGCUGCACGGUUGACAAAUCAAAGAAGUGUUCAGGGUUCAAGCCCUCAAGGCCCCUGAGUAUCUUAAAGGUCUCGAUAAGAUCUCCUCGCAGCCUCCUGCACUCCAGGGUGGUCAAUUUCACUUCCCUGAGUCUGUGAACGUAGUCUAGGUGAGAUAGACCUCCAAUCAUUCGCAAUGCUCUCUUUUGCACUCUUUCUAUUAGGUCAAUGUCCCUUUGAAGAUGAGGCCUCCACGCCUGUACACAGUAAUCUAGGUGUGGUCUAACCAGUUCUUUGUACAGUCUGAUGAUUGUUGUUUUGUCUUUGUUCGUAAUGGUUCUGUUGAUUAGCCCCAGGGCUCUGAAUGCGCUUUUGACUGCCUUCGCACAGUGGGUACUUGCAUUUAGUGACUGAUGGAUGAUUACCCCAAGAUCUCUUUCUUCACUUACUGUCUGAAUUAUACUGUCAUGUGCGGGUUCAGUAAUUGUCACCCUUGAACCUAUUCAGAAUCCUUUCUCUAUGGUAAGACCUAUAGUCGCAGCAGCAGACAAACGAGAGUCUAUAGACCCACCACCAAUCUCGACACGCUGAUACGAUUUGUAAACAGUACACACACGCCGGUUGUGAUUUCUAUAGUAGUUUGAGUUGAUGGAGAAAGGAGAUAAGAUGGAGUCCCCGUUACUUGAAGACGAGCAGAAUGUUUACUACGAUGGGCUAGUCAAACGAAUACAGAGUGGUGAUUUGCAGCUCAUUGAAGUCCGGAACGCUCCGGAGUUAGCUCAGACAGGAACAAUCAUCGAGAAUAUAUGUCAUGUUCCAGUUCCAGAAUUAGAAGAGGCACUCCAGCUUUCAGACGAAGCCUUUCUUGCCAAAUAUGGGCAUCCGAAACCCCAAAAGACACAAGAUAAUGUAGUGUUCACCUGUAGGAUUGGCAACCGGAGUUUGAAGGCGCUAAAUAUAGCGAAGGCAUUGGGUUACACAAAAGCAAGACAUUACCCCGGUGGCUGGACUGAAUGGAUACAGAAGAAUCCAAGAAGUAGUAGUAGUAACUAGUCGACCAUCGAGUAUCUUAAUGAUUCGGGAAGUUCAUUCCCUUAGCAGCCAUUUUGAAAAUUUUCAAUUGCAAACUUUUAAAGAGAUUUUGGCUCAUUUUCUUGGCUGAUUUUACCAUAAAUUUGCGCCUCAAAUUUUUUACAGAUUUAUUGAUUGAUUGAUUACGAGGUGGAAAUCCUCUCUGGGUCUCCAUUUUUAUUUUACUGAACCUCGUUUGGGGCCUCUUGUCUGUAUUAAAGUGUACGUAAAAUAAUUCAAAGUGGCUUCAUCUGAACGCCAGUGUUGAAGAAGUGUCUUGUCAACGAAAGUGACGAGUGCACUCUAGCCAUAAUUAUUUGUUCUUACCACUAGGUGGCGCCAUUCGGGUAUUCGUUCAGUUUGUUGGGUAUUGAAAAUUAACGAUAACGAUUUUCUAGCUACUUUUUUUUUUUAUUUAAAAAAUAACAAUACUCAGGUUGCUAAAAAUUAAUGGAUCGGACGAGUCGGUCUAUAAAAAGCGUUUGUAACCCUUUUUUAUAAAAUGCAUAUUGUUGGAAAGAUGU